GUAUCGUGUUGUGUGAUGUCCGGAUGAGUUUCCAGUUCUUGGUUGAUGAUCUUUCAAAUUCUUCAUGAAGAUAUAUUACCAUCCCAGUACUCGCCAUGAGACUCUCCAGCAAAUCACGAUUACAUUCUCUUCCUGCUGGACAUUAUUGGGGAUUAAACUUAAGCUAUGAGGAAGGAUGGGUCAAUCAAAUUCGUCAAUCCAUAGAUGAAGAAGAGCUCGAGGAAGACAUAGGACAUCCAGCAUGCAUUUGCACUGUCCCUAAGUCUCUUAUGGUUUUUGAUCCUGAUUCAUAUACUCCACAGGAAGUCGCAAUUGGUCCAUACCAUCACUGGCGCCAAGAACUUUAUGUGAUGGAGAGGUACAAGAUUGCUGCAGCAAAAAAAGUUCAGAAACAGCUCCAAAGCCUCAAGUUUCACAAUCUCGUCGAGAAAUUGGCCAAGUACGAGCGAAAGAUUCGAGCGUACUACCACAAAUACCUCAAUUUCAACAGUGAAACGUUUGUUUGGAUGAUGGCUAUUGACGCCUCUUUCCUGCUGGAGGUCCUCCAAGUAUAUACCAUCAGAGAAGAGAAGAGUAUCUCAAGGAUUUCCUCAAAGUUGUCAUGUUUGGUAGUGGUAGAUAACGAGGGAAGGAGGUCAGCACAAAAUACCAUUCUGAGAGACAUAGUAAUGCUUGAGAAUCAGAUACCUUUAUUUGUUUUGAGAAAGAUGCUGAAACUUCAAUCUCCUGCUCUUGAACAAACAGAUCAAUUGUUGCUUUCUAUGUUGCUGGGACUGUAUGAAGAUCUUUCUCCUUUCGAGAUGUUGGAACCUCAAGUGUCGGUCUCAGAAUGCUUUCAUUUGCUUGAUUUUCUGUACAGAAUGAUUACUCCAAAGUUGGCUGGCCCUUUGGAGAUAUUGGAAAAUGAUCGAAAUCAAAAGGAAUCCACCAAAGAAAAUGCCGAAGACGAAAAUGCCUUCAAGCACUUUUGCCGUUCCUUGAGUGAACUGGGAAGUGCAAUUUGGAAGAUUCUCUCAAAGUUUAACAAAGGUCCGGUACAUUUAUUCAGAAGAAUACUUAGUUCUAGACCCUUACAAGUGAUCUUCAAACUGCCAUGGACAAUCGUCUCUAAACUUCCUGGAAUUGUGAUUCUAAUGAAGCCUCUCAGUCACCUAUGUUCACUGCGAAAAGGUGAAGAAGAAAAUGAUAUAGAAAAGGGGAGUUCAUGGAAAGUUGGAAAAAUCAAACUUCCUUUGUCGGAGGAAAUAGCAAUUCCUUCAGUGUCCCAGCUGACAAAAUCAGGUGUUCAUUUCUCCUCCAUCGAUGGAGGCGUCUCAGCCGUUGCCUUUGACCCAAAUGCAGUGAUAUUUUACCUUCCCACUAUUAAUCUCGAUGUGAACUCUGAAGUAGUAUUGAGAAACUUAGUAGCAUACGAAGCUUCAAAAGCAUCAGGGCCUUUGGUUUUCACUCGAUUCAUUGAACUAAUGAAUGGCAUCAUCGAUUCUGAAGAGGACGUGAGAUUGUUGAAGGAAAAAGGAAUCAUUCUUAAUCAUUUGAAGAGCGAUGCAGAAGUCGCGGAUCUCUGGAACGGGAUGAGCAAAUCCAUCAAGUUGACGAAAGUGCCAUUCUUGGAUAAGGUAAUUGAAGAUGUAAAUAAGUAUUACAGUGGUAGAUGGAAAGUUAAAGCUGCAAAAUUUGUAAAAAAGUACGUGUUUGGUUCAUGGCCAUUGCUUGCAUUUCUAGCUACCAUUUUGCUCUUGGCCUUGACUGCAUUACAAGCAUUUUGCUCAGUUUAUAGCUGCUCUCGGUUCAUCCAUCAUCUCAACGCAGAUGGGACCUAGUUUGCUGGUUUUUCUUAUGAUCCUUAAGCAAGACACUAGUUUUCUGCUAUAUUCUUUUCUCCAAUUCCUUGAGCUUCAGUUUUUUCAUGAUAUUGUUAUGAUUCGUUUGUUGAGCCAAUCAUUCUCCCCUCUGAUCGGCAUUCACCAACCUUAAAGCUUAAAAGAAGGAACUGGUGGAAGGCUUUCUGCUCGACUUGUCUUGGUCUUGGGCUACACAGGAACUCCAUUCGUUGGUAACUUUUCUUUUAUUAGUUGUUUGAUGUAAAAUAAGGAAAAAAAGAAUUGUCUAAUUCGUAGAAAGUAUUUGUUUGAUUUGUAUUAUAUUGAUAAGAAUACAAUUUUGAGUUUAGAUUCUAUGGUUUGGUAUUGAUAUGAUAUAUUCAUCUCAUAAAGCUGUGUAUAUAAUGUAUAUUCGUGUCUCACUUGAUGGAUAAGACACUAAUUGUAAUCUUGAAGAUUGAAUUGGAUGAUGGUUCAUUGGAA